GGCAUAAAUCCAUUCCUGGCUUUGUUUUAUUUUUGUGAAGAAAGACACUGAAAGCGAGUGUCUAAUGAAGUGGACAUUUGUUGGAUGAUUCCCGCUUGGAUGAGAUGACCGGAAUGCUGCUGUGCUCUUUCAGUCCCUGAUCCGUUUUCGGCCACCACAGGCAAGAGAAGAGGAAGAGGAGAGAGAGGGGGAGGGGAGUCUAAGCCGCCCAGAGAAAGAGAGAGAGAGAGAGAGAGAGAGAGAGAGAGAGUUUGAACAGGAAAACCACUGAAGAGAAUUCCAAGAGCACCUGUUCAUCUGCUAUGAUCCAGAGUCAUGGAUAUUAACCUGCAGUCGCACCGAUUCUACUUCCCACAGAUCUACUGUAAGCCCGGCGUUCAGGUCACCGAGGUGAAGAUCAGUGAGCAGAGUAUCUGUCAGGCGCGCGCCUCCGUCAUGGUCUAUGAUGACACCAGUAAAAAGUGGGUGCCAAUUAAACCAGGUCAGCAGGGCUUCAGUCGAAUCAACAUCUACCAAAACACAACCAAUAACACAUUCCGUGUGGUGGGCGUCAAACUACAAGACCAACAGGUCGUCAUCAACUACUCCAUAGUGAAGGGACUCAAGUACAACCAGGCGACUCCAACGUUCCAUCAGUGGCGUGAUGCGCGGCAGGUGUACGGACUGAACUUCGCCAGUAAAGAGGAGGCGACUACAUUCUCCAACGCCAUGCUGUUUGCCCUCAACAUCCUCAGCACACAAGACGGAGGUCCAGCUGUCCAGCAUCAAGUCCAGAAUGGACCCACCACAGAAGAACUGGAGGUGCAAAGAAGGCAAAUGGAGAUGCAGCAGCAGCAGAUGCAGGCGCAUACUGAGCGGGAGAGACGAUCGUCCAACUCAGGUUCCCCGUUUCAGGGUCACCCAGCCGUUUUGUCAGUAGCUCCGCCCACUGUAGUGCCGCCCCCUCUGUCGAUGGCCGUGCCAUGUCCUCUUCCUCCGCCCCCUCCGGGACCGCCCCCUCCCUCUGCUGGAGCUCCGCCCCCUCCUCCUCCUCCUCUGCCUGUGGGGGGUUACAGAGCUGCGCAGGAUGAAUCUAACGCGCCCACCGGCCUCGCUGCCAUGAUCGCUGGAGCCAAACUACGCCGCGUGCAGAGGCCUGAGGAAAACUCUGUGUCUGGAGCCAAAACCGAUGUCAACCGGACGAGUGGAGGACUGAUGGAGGAGAUGAACGCGCUGCUCGCACGGAGACGGAGAGCAGUAGAUGAAAAGAAAGAUGGAGAUGGCCAAAAUGAUGAUCCCAACUCAUCGUCACCCAUGUCCCGCGGGCAGAACGCUUCAGAUGGUGUGAAGAAGCCGUGGGAUCGAGCGAACUCUGCAGAGAGAUCAUCACUGGUGUCCAGGGUUCGACCUGUAGGGAGCAUCAAUGACGCAGACGCCUUAGACUUUGACAGAAUGAAACAGGAAAUCUUGGAAGAAGUUGUUCGUGAAUUGCACAAAGUGAAAGAAGAGAUCAUUGAUGCCAUUAGACAUGAACUCAGUAGAAUUAGCACAACAUAAUGUUCAUCCCCUCAUGAUCCAUCAGUACUGAGACCCAAACGACCUGCAGAACCUGCUGUAGCUCACCAGAGAAGAUGAUGAUCUGAUGAUGUCCAUCAACGUUACUGCCGUAUUAAAGCAGACGGUUUUGCUCUAACAUGACGGGAACGUUGAGUUUAGAUGUGAUGCGUGAAGGACACUUGCACUGAUUUACUGUAUUCUACUUUACAUCGAUCUUUACAACGUCUUUUAGAAAAACUGAGAAAACAAGAAACAUUGUUUUUCUUUUCAUUUUUGUCUGCAUUAUUAUUAUUAUUAUUAUUAUUUAUUAUUAUUAUUAUUAUAAUAAUUAUAGUAGUAGUACUAGUGUUGUAGACAUAGAACGUAGGUCAAUAAUAAUAAUAAAAAAUAAUAAUUAUAAUAAUAAUAAUAUCAUUGCAUGUCAAAGUUAGCCUUUUUUUAUUAUUCUUAUUCUGUUUUCCUUUGCUUGUGUUAAAACGUUCAUUUUAAGCACAUUUUCAGUUUUCAGUCUCAUCACCUCUUGGUAAGUUGUUUUAAGAAGUUUUUCUUUUUCUUUUUUGUAUCCUUUUGUCCAUAAAAUAAUAUGUAUUUAAUCACUUUUUUUUUUUAUCAUUUUGAACCUGAAAAAGAAGCAUAGUAUUUCAACAGUUAUUACAAUCAAAAGAACAAAAAAACAUCAGUACACCACAGUAUUUGUGAUCAUGUUGUUAAUAAAAUGUUUAUUGGCUGCAAGGACAUGGUGAAGUAUUGUUUUGUUUUAUGAUUUCUCUGUUUGACCAAGUGCUUCCUGCUUUGGAAAAUAAAAACGAUAUACAUAAAAAAAAAAAAGAAUAGAAAUAAAACUGUGAAUGAUGUCUUGGAUAAAUGAGCUGGUGUUUUUCCUUGUGGAAAUAAUGAUGAAUUACAAAUGAAUGAAUUGUUUUUCUGUCUUUGUGUGAGUGUUAUUAUAAUGAAAAAAAAAACACACUGAAUAAUGUUUUACUCACUUAAAGGUGCUGUAAGCAAUUUAUGGCGUUCUAGAAUUCCCACAAACUGAGCUGUUGGAUUAGCCACGCCCCCUCUUUCCAAAACCCCACCCUCCAAAGAUACCAAAUGAGAUUUAUUGAGACCGACAUCGUGCUGAAACAGUUGUUAAAAACAGCAGCAGCAAAACAGCGCCCUCAACUGACAACUGUUAUGAACAACAUGGCAUAAAAAUGACAUUAAGCCUCAAUAAUUCACUGCAACUACAACACUAUGAGAAUGAGCAAAAUGCACAACACGUGAAAAUGGAAUUGAAAUGUUUUGCUGUCACUGUAAAUGUUCACUUUCCCAUGGACACAGUGUUAAAUAAGAGACUGCAGGUCAUAUUCAGACAGCUGUAUAUUUUUAAUAGUACAAGCACUUAAAUGUGGAAUUGUAUUUUAAGUUCCAAUGUUGCAAAUUUUGUGUAAAAAUGUGUAGUUGACAAGAAAUUUCAAGCACUGACAAGUCAUAUCAUUAUUACACAUGCAAUAUGACAUCAUAUGGAUAGAAUAGGCUAUAUGGAAUUUGUACAUUUGACAAAUAUCUAAAUGUGGUUAAAAUCAUAUAAAACAAUAUAUAAUAAAAUAAA